AUGGAGGAUACUGGCUUGAAGAGAAAGGACACCACCAAGGGUCCGCCCCUUCGGAUCCUGUCGCUAGAUGGCGGUGGUGUCCGAGGCUACAGCAUGUUCAUCAUCAUACAGGAGAUCAUGCACCGAACCUUCGUCGAAAUUGAGGGUCGCGCGCCAAGGCGCCACGAGAUCCCAAAACCCGCCGACCACUUCGACCUUAUCGUCGGCACCGGAACAGGCGGCUUGAUCGCCCUGAUGCUGGGAAGGCUGCGUCUGGAUCUGGAGACUUGCAAACAGCUCUACGUACGCCUCACGCGCAUGGUGUUCGAGACCGACAAGACGAUACUCGGCAUUCCCACCCACGCAACCCUUUUUAAGGCCUCGAGGCUCGAGGAGGCCAUCAAGGACGCAGUGUCCGAACACACCACAUCUGAGUCGGAAGGCGACGAUGGCACCUCGGUUCACAGCCCUCUGAGCUCACACUCUCGGUCGAGCUACCCUCGGAGGCACGCCAGCAAUGCAAGCGUGGUCAGCUUCAGUAACAAGAGCCCCGCGGCUCAGAUGGCCCGGCCAUACUACUCUGGUAGAGGUGGUGGUGACCCUAACGCACGGCUCUACGACGAAAGAGAAUUCCGAACCAAAACUGCUGUGACCGCCGUAUACAAAGGCGCAUCUAGCAAAAAUGUCGACGUUGUUUUACUGAGGUCGUACGAUUCAAGGAGAGAGCCUGCCCCGGAGUUCGAUUGCAAAAUUUGGCAGGCCGGGAGAGCAACUUGCUCUAUAGGACUAGCAUUCAAGCCCAUCCAAAUUGGGCAGACCGUGUUCCACGACGAUGGCGAUGGACGAUUCAACCCAGCUCCAGAAGCUCUCGACGAAGCCGUUGUAAACGAGUGGCCUGGACGGGACGUUGGCGUUUUCCUAAGCAUAGGAACAGGAAAGAGACCGAAGGGCAGCGACACGAAUAAGGCAGAGUGGUAUGAAGGCUUCAUUGGGGGCUUCGCAGAGGCCAAGCGGAGACUUAUCGCCAAAAUUGAAGGAUGCGAAAAGACACACGAGAUGAUGAAGAAGCAACACCUUUCGGACAGGGGAGUCAAUCCUGAGGUCUAUUAUCGCCUUAACGUUGAGGUGGGUGUGGGAGAGUUUGGAAUGAAUGAGUGGAACCGGUUGUCGGACAUCAGCACUUCGACGAGAAUGUACCUUGGGAGGAAGACGGAGCAGAAGAUGGUCCAGGACGCCUCAGCUAAGCUGGCCAAGAUCCAUCGUGCAAGGCAGCGACUGGAGCGACUCAGCGCAGAACCAGACCUGAAGUACAAGCUGCCCGAGUUUGACAUUUCAGCACCACUGGCCGUCGAGCUUCCCGCCGAGAUCCCAGAGAGUUGGCCAUCCCCUCACACACCAUCAAGCCGACACUCGUUCGACCGACAAUCUUACGACUCCGGGACAGAUAAUUUGUCGCUCCCAAACACACACCAGUCCCCAAGAAGCUCAUACGAGCGGGUCCUGCCUACCAUACCGCAGAGCCAACCCCUGCCGCCUUCCAUACACGGCUCUCCUCAGCCGACAGGACCUCGCCGAGCAUCGCCGCCUUCUAGCGGUAAGAGGCCGCCCUCAGCCCCGCCGGCUUCGGCCGCCGCCGCCGAGCAUCACGGAGAUGGAGACAAACUCGUGAUACAUGCGCCAACACCCGAACAGUGGCGGAAUGCGUCUGGGUCAGACAAGAUCGCCAUUGUAUCCACGGAUGAGCGACCCAGCCGCCAGGACUUUGCCCCGCAGCCACCGAGGGUAGCACCCCCGCCACUGCCGCCGAAGACACCACUCCCGGAGAAUCAAGUCCCGAGAGCACCGCGGCGUGUAGGCACGGCCCCCGUGGGUCCGGCACCGCCCUAUCCGUUGGAUGAUGAACCGCCCCCGCCUGUUGGUAGGAAACCAGUCUAUCAGGGUCGUUGA